GGUCAAAAUUCAUGGCUGGCUCUCCGUCUCCCUGCUCCUCAGCACAGUUGCAGGGCUCUGUGACCUCACUGCUGGGUCACAGGGCCCCUCUGUUCCCAGGGCCUCCCUGGGGAAAGAGCACUGUCCAGCCCUGGAAGGGCUGCAGGGCUCUCAGCUGAGCCCUGGGGAGAGGGCAGCCAGUGAGCCCCGCUGCUGCUCCACCCAGCUAUGCCCUCCCCUACCUACAGGCUGGGUCCCCUGGCUGUGACUGUGUCCCAUCCAGCCCAGGCCUGCUGCCACUUAGAGGCCCUCCAGACUGGCAGACAGAUGGAUGGAGACAUGUCGGGGGAAACACAAGUUUAACUGGGGCAAGGGGUCCACAGACUGCCCUGGGCCCUCCCCGGGUUGAGGUGUCUUUGAGAAUUUAGUAACAGUGACUACAAACAUGGCCGGGCCAUGUCUUGCGUUAACGAAGCUCUUGUCAUUGGAUGCUUAGGCUGGCUCUACUUUGUCCCGUUAAUAAAUGUGGCUGUGGUGAAAGGCACUGGCAUCUAUCUUUAGCUAAAUAUCCAGCUGCUUUCUUAGGACCGAGUCCUUGGAGUGUGUAAAGUGCUCAGCCUGUGUUGCCAAAUUGCUUUCCAGAGAGAGUCUACCAAAUUACAGGUUACUCUCAGGUGGUCCUGCCAGCCACGGCGGUUGCCAGCACUUAAUCAGCAGCCAUUUGAUGGGUAAGGUUCAGCCUUAUGUCUGUUUCUUUCUUAAGGUAUUUAUGUAUUUUUCUAGUGGGGUGUAACUUUUCAUAUUGUUUGUUUUGUGAAGGUUUUUCAUAUGGAUUUUGUAUCUGUCGCACUUUUUUCCCAAGUUAGUGGUUUGCUGUUUGGUAUUGUUUAAGCUAGCUUUUGACUUGUUCAGGAACCCAUUCUUCCUUUAUGAUUCUUUUUUUGUAUGGUUAGAAAGUCCUUCCUGUACAAAACACCGGGGUCCCUGGGCAGUGCAGACAUUAAGCACUUGGCCCCAACCUUGUGGAGGUUCAAAUCCUGCCCGGAGACGCCUUGGAAGAUGGGCCUGGCUAUCUGCUUCCGAAUGGUCACAGCCUUGAAAAUCCUAUGGAGCGGUUCUGCUCUGUACACAUGGGGUCACUAUGAGUUGGAGUCUACUCAACAGCAACUGGUGUAUAAAAAUCCAGGACGGGUUGAGGAUGGAAGCUUGGAAACCCCAGACCUGAAAGAGGCUUUUGACCAUAGCCCUUCAUAUGGACAGCUAGGGGAGGGGACGCCCUGAGCCACAUCCUGCGGCAGGGGCGGCUUCUCAGGGGGCUGCUGGCCUCAGAGGAGUGGUUAGAGUCCAGGCUGAAGCCCAUCUGCCCCUUCCCAAUGGACCUACUUGCUCUACGACAAUAGUCCCUGUUUCUGAGCUCUGAGGCUCAGUGAGAUGGGGGCCUCCCUCCUAGGCCUACCCAUCCCGAGCCCAGGUGCUCUCCCUUGCUUGGGCCUCGGUGUCCCGUGGGUAGAAGGGAGCACUCCCUGGUGAGCACAUGGCCUGGUCCAGGUGGUGCCCAGUAAUGCUGGACCUCUUCACAAUGGUUGCCCAGCAACAGGGACUUCUCCCAGGGAGGGAGCCAGACACACCAGAAGGGGCCUGGAGCAGGAAGGGCAGCGUAGAGGCAAGAUGACAGCUACCCAGAAACACAACCUCUUCACGCCAGAACCGCACUAUAUCCCUGGCUAUGCCGGCUUCUAUCCACAACUGCGAUACCAGGUGGGGAACACCUAUGGGCACACCACGGCCCAGCUGCUCAUGGACCCCAGCGUGCAGAAGAGCCCUUGCUCUGUGCUGUCACCCAUGUCCAGGCCCAAGUUCAUUGAGGACUUCAGCAAGUCCAAGCCACCCUUUGUUCCCUGCCGGGAAUUGACCCAGCCCUACAUCCCACACUACACCGGUCUCAAGCCCUACAAGAACUUUGAGAUCUUGGGCCAGUUUCCACCCCAGGGCACACAUGCCCAGGGGCUGCCGGGGGCAGAGAGUGUAUCCAGGCAGGUGCCGCUCCCUCCAGGUUUCAUGCCCUAUCCCCCCUACCCACCGUGCCCACCAGGGAGGAAGGGCAACUCCAGAGACUUCGGACACUCAGAUCUGAGGCUGGCCUUUGGGGAGGUGGGCUGGAGAAGGCCCCACCCUGCCCAGGAGGUCCCGGGGCAGUACCAGCUGUACCACUGCCGGAGGGAUGAAUACCCACCCCUGCCCCACCAGUCAGAGACACUGGACGUGGGCAGGUUUGAGAGGCUGCCUCAGCUGGACCACCCCAACCUGAUCCAACGCAAGGCUAUCUCAGGCUACGCUGGCUUCGUGCCCCGCUUCGCCUGGGUGAUGGGCGUGAAUUACCGUGAUGGGGUCACACAAGCCAUGGAUGAGUUUGACAGGAACCAGUUCCUGUCUAGGAACCCCAUCUGUGCCCUGGGCCAGAGGCUGCCCAAAACACACUGGCCCAGCAACACCAUCUACAGCAGCCAAGGCCUGAUUCCCUUCUACAUGGGGUUUAUACCAUCCACUCAAGACAGCUAUGCGCUCACAUUUGGCAACAGCACCCGGAAGGCCUAUCAGAAGGAAACAGAGAGGCGGGGCCGCACACUAUGAAAACGCUUUAAUGGAGAUGUCUGUACAGCAUGUAAGGAGAGACAGAAGGACAGCAAGUGAGACAGUGAAACAUGGUAUCAGAACAGGUUGUGAAUGAAUAAAGAGUUCACACCGCUUCCACGCUUCCCCACUAGCAGAGCGCCCUAGGCCACUUCCUCCUCGGCCUCCUCCUCAAACUCGCCCUCCUCCUCGGCCGUGGCAUCCUGGUACUGCUGGUACUCGGACACCAGGUCGUUCAUGUUGCUCUCAGCCUCAGUGAACUCCAUCUCGUCCAUGCCCUCGCCUGUGUACCAGUGCAGGAAGGCCUUGCGCCGGAACAUGGCCGUGAACUGCUCGGAGAUGCGCUUGAACAGCUCCUGGAUGGCCGUGCUGUUACCAAUGAAGGUGGCAGACAUCUUGAGGCCGCGGGGCGGGAUGUCGCAGACAGCCGUCUUCACGUUGUUGGGGAUCCACUCCACGAAGUAGCUGCUGUUCUUGUUUUGCACGUUCAGCAUCUGCUCGUCCACCUCCUUCAUGGACAUGCGGCCCCGGAAGACGGCGGCCACCGUUAGGUAGCGGCCGUGGCGGGGGUCACAGGCGGCCAUCAUGUUUUUGGCAUCAAACAUCUGCUGGGUGAGCUCGGGCACGGUCAGGGCCCGGUACUGCUGGCUGCCCCGGCUGGUCAGUGGGGCAAAGCCGGGCAUGAAGAAGUGUAGGCGGGGGAAGGGCACCAUGUUGACGGCCAGCUUCCGCAGGUCAGCAUUGAGCUGGCCUGGGAAGCGCAGGCAGGUGGUGACCCCACUCAUGGUAGCUGACACCAGGUGGUUCAGAUCACCGUAGGUGGGCGUGGUCAGCUUUAGGGUUCUGAAGCAGAUGUCGUAGAGAGCUUCGUUAUCAAUGCAAUAGGUCUCGUCUGUAUUCUCCACCAGCUGGUGCACCGAGAGGGUGGCGUUGUAGGGCUCCACCACCGUGUCUGACACCUUGGGCGAGGGCACCACACUGAAGGUGUUCAUAAUCCUGUCAGGGUAUUCCUCCCGGAUCUUGCUGAUGAGGAGGGUGCCCAUCCCAGACCCAGUCCCCCCACCCAGGGAGUGGGUCAGCUGGAAACCCUGCAGGCAGUCACAGCUCUCGGCCUCCUUCCUCACAACGUCCAGCACCGAGUCGACCAGCUCUGCACCUUCUGUGUAGUGCCCUUUGGCCCAGUUGUUCCCAGCACCACUCUGACC